CAGCAAGGUGUAGGUAUGGCAUCCGUGAAGAAGGCUUUGCCGCAUGGUGUGACCUGAGCGCCAAACGAAGAAGCCUUGCUGAAACUUAUGGACAGAAGAGGAUACACCAUGCUGCAAGAAAAUGGGCAAAGAGAGUACGGCGGUCCACCUCCCGACUGGGAAAGCCUGGCUCCUUUAAGGGUUUGCGAAAUUUUCGUCGGAAAGAUUCCAAGAGAAGACGAGCUUGUUCCAAUAUUUGAGAAGAUAGGGAAGAUUUACGAACUGAAACUCAUGAUGGACCUCUCUGGAUCCAAUAGAGGAUAUGGAUUCGUUAUGUGCACUAACAAAGAACACGCUAAACAAGCGGUAAAGGAGCUUAACAACUACGAAAUUCGUAAAGGCCGGCUCUUGGGUGUUUGCAAAUCCGUUGACAACUGUCGAUUAUUCGUUGGAGGUAUUCCAAAGAACAAACAGAGAGAUGAAAUUUUGCAGGAGAUGAAAAAAGUAACAGAUGGUGUAACGGGUGUCUUUGUACUUUCAUCAGCCAUUGACAAAACAAACAACUGUGGAUUUGUGUUCGUGGAAUAUGAAUCGCAUCAGGCAGCCGCCAUGACAAGAAGGAAGCUCAUUCCCGCCAGAAUUCGGUUAUGAGACCAUCGGAUUGUAGUUGAUUGGGCUGAACCAGAACAAGAUGUUGAUGAAGACGUUAUGUCUACUGUGAGAAUUUUGCACAUGAGGAACCUUAUGUUGACAACUGCAGAAGACAAAAGUAGAGCUGUGCAGUCAAGUUGUGGGAAAGACAAUGCUGUGGAAAGAGUAAAGAAGAUAAGAGAUUAUGCAUUCAUUCAUUUUAGAGACAGAGAUGAUGCUGUUAUGGCCCAUGACUAAACUUAAUGAGCUAUGGCUAUGAUUUUGAUCCUAGUUACUCUCCACCAUCGUAUUACAACCCGAUGUCUCCACCACCCGCAAGGUAAGAACUAUUUUGGCCUGAAAUCCACAACUCUGUUCACUCACUGUAAGAAUACAGAUGAGAAUCAAGCACAGCAGAUGAUCUUGCAGUCAGAAUAGAGUUGUAUUCUUGGAAUUUUUAUAAAAAAUCGGUUAGCUUAGAAAAAUAUUUGCAGAAUUAGGAGCGUAGGUUGUCAUAUUCCACCAUGUGUGUCCAGUUUGUUUAAUAUCAGGGUUCUCAGAACUGUCAGAUGCUCUGUCAUUUGUGUGCUUCAGACCAGGGAUAGGAUAUUUGUCUUUGGUUUUAAAUCAUUUAAGUUACGAUAACCUAAGAUGAAAUUUUACCUCUUGAUUUGUCUGUAAUAACUGUAACUGUAAAUAAGCAUAUGUAAGUGGGUUUUACAAAGUACAGUAUUGUAGCUCUCCUGCUGAUAUGCUAAUGGAUACAGAGUACAGAGUGAGAACUAGAAAAAUGACAUGGGCAAGUCUACUUUGGCAACUGAAAUCCAAAAUGAGGUAAUGGUGGAUUUCAGUUGGAAGGGGCUUCACAUGGAGCAGAAAUAUUUGCAAGACUGUGCAAGGCAUAGCUUUAUUGAAAACAGGCGAUUUUAUUGAAUGGUAGGGGCUUGCUUUUUGCCAAGAAUUAAUGUGAACUUAGUACCACCUGUGACCUAUAUUCUUUAAUUGUCACUGUAGCUUUCCAUUCAUCAGCAUACAUGUAGGAAAGGUACACUACCAUAUUUAGUGGUUUUGCCAUUGUGGCUGAUAGAGUCAUUUGACAUGAAAGAAGUUGCAUUUAUGUGUUAUCCAUGCAAUGUCCUCAAAAAAGGUUUUAUGAACUUCUUACAUGUAAGUAUACAAAGAAGCAUUAAGUUUCAUCAACCGAACCUUAAUAGCUCAAUAUAUUUGAUUUUAUGUGAACAUCUCAGGAAGAAAAGCAGGAAGAAGAAACUUUAAGAAGGCUCAGUCACAUAAUUUUUACCAUGAAAUAGCUUGAAUAUUUGAAUAGAAUAUUUGAAAGAAUAUUUUACUUUUUGUACUGUUAGCAGGGGGUUGGCAGAGCGAGGUC